AUGCCGAUUCCUGAGGCCACAUUCCUUCUCCUCCUGCUCGCCGCCUCCCAGGCGGCGGCCGGCUCCAUCGACGCACCCGCCGCGUCGUGCUCCGGCGCCCGUAGCUUCGCCGCGGACAGCCCCUUCGCUAGCAACCUGCACCAGCUCAUGUCCCUCCUGGCGACCAAGGCCCCAGCCAUCGGCUUCGACAUCGCAACGUCCGGCGGCGACGGCGACGAGAGCGUGCACGGCCUGGCCCUCUGCCGCGGCGACGUCGCCAGGGAGACGUGCGCCGAGUGCAUCCGCUCCGCGAGAGCUCACGCCCAGCGCCUCUGCUCGUCCAAGAAGGAAGCCGUCGUUUGGCUCGACGCCUGCACGCUACGGUACUCCGCCGAGCCCUUCUUCGGCGAGCCUGACAGCGAGCACACCGCCUUCGUGCCGGGAAACGUCGUCCAGAGCGCGGCGAGAUCGGCGGAGCUCGACGAGGAGGUCGCCGGCAUGAUGAAGAAGCUCACUAGGACGGCGUACCUCUCGCCGCUGCUGUUCGCCGCCGGGGCGGCCGACGCAAUCGGGGGGACGCACAGGCUGCACGGGCUGGCCCAGUGCACCAAGGACCUCUCCGGCGGGGACUGCAAGCUAUGCCUUGAAGCCGCCAUUGCUAAACUGGCGGCGAGGGGAUGCGCCAAGGAGGGAGGGAAAGUGCUAGGUGGAAGUUGCAGCUUGAGAUAUGAGCUGUAUCCCUUGUUUGAUUCCUAG